UGAUGCGCAAGCGACGCGAGCAGACGCGAAGCGAGAGUCGAGCGUUGAGCUGCAUGCGAACGGAGCGAGUCGCGAGUCACAUAUUUCUGUUCGCAUCUCGAUCACCGCCAGUAUGAUGGCAGCCCAGUGGAUCCGCACAGUAAUCUCAUCGAAAAUCGCUGGUGCGCGGCUCUAUAGCAGCAAGGUACACAAAUGCACCUUGAUCCCUGGAGAUGGCAUUGGACCCGAGAUUUCCGCUGCCGUGCAGAAGAUCUUCGAUGCCGCCAAGGUGCCAAUAGAAUGGGAAUCAGUUGACGUAACACCAGUAAAAGGUCCAGAUGGCAAGUUCGGUAUACCUCAAGCAGCUGUCGACUCUGUCAAUAGGAAUAAAAUUGGCCUCAAGGGGCCCUUAAUGACUCCAAUAGGAAAAGGUCACAGAUCUCUCAAUCUUGCACUCAGAAAGGAAUUUAACUUGUAUGCUAAUGUACGACCGUGUCGAUCCUUGGAGGGGUACAAAACACUGUACGAUAAUGUUGAUGUUGUUACUAUUAGAGAAAAUACGGAAGGUGAAUAUUCAGGUAUAGAGCACGAGAUUGUAGAAGGCGUUGUACAAUCUAUCAAGUUAAUUACAGAGGAGGCCUCUCGUAGGGUAGCAGAAUUUGCUUUCCAAUAUGCCACAGAUAAUAAUAGGAAAAAGGUUACUGCUGUACAUAAAGCGAAUAUUAUGAGAAUGUCGGAUGGCUUGUUCUUGAGAUGUUGUCGAGAAGCCGCGCAAAAAUUUCCAUCUGUCAAAUUCGAGGAGAGGUAUUUGGAUACAGUUUGCCUAAAUAUGGUGCAAGAUCCAAGUCAAUACGACGUGCUCGUCAUGCCUAAUUUGUACGGUGAUAUUUUAUCCGACAUGUGCGCUGGUCUUGUCGGAGGCCUCGGUUUGACGCCAAGCGGAAAUAUUGGUCUGAACGGAGCCUUGUUCGAAUCGGUACAUGGAACGGCGCCUGAUAUUGCUGGCCAAGAUAAGGCAAACCCCACGGCGUUAUUGCUCUCCGCAGUUAUGAUGCUCAAAUAUAUGGGUUUGAACAACCAUGCAAAGAUCAUCGAGCAGGCUGCUUACGAUACUAUUAAAGAAGCAAAAUAUUUGACCGGUGAUUUAGGCGGUACUGCAAAAUGCAGUGAAUAUACCAACGAAAUUUGUAAGAAAGUUUCUGCGCAAACCAAAUAAAAGGCAGACAUUGUUGAUUGAAA